AUGCUUGAAUGCUUGCUUGCCAGUUUGUCAACCGCGCCCCUUCGCCUGCUGAAGAACCCGGUGCUGAUGGCCUGCAUCAUGUCCAACUUCUUCUUCUUGAUGUCCAUCAUCGGGUUCUACGCCUACCAACCCAAGUACCUGGAGCACCAUUUUCGCGUCAAUAAGGCCACUGCCACCACCUACUCAGCGGUCAGCAAGGUCACGCUGGUGUUCGGCAUACUGGGCUCGGGCCUGCUGAUGCGCCGCUUCCGGCCCUCCGGCCGCCUCGUCUCGGGCCUGAUCGUCGCGUUCAGAGUGGUCGGCGCCUUCGUCUUCCUCACCAACUUCUUCUUCUACUGCAACUUCGGCGACGAUCUGCCCGUCAUCCGCGGACCGAACGGGUGCCUGGACGACGUCGGGGCCACCCUGGCCAGCGGCCUGUGCCAGGGCGGCUGUGAGCACGCGUUCCACUGGUUCCUUAUCAUGGUCGCCAUCUCCGGCAUGAUUAAAUCCGCCGUCUCCAUUCCACAUGUCAUCAUCGUACUCAGGUGCGUACUGCCCGAGGACAAGGCGAUGGCGAUGGGUCUCAGCGGCGCGCUGGUGGCCAUCUCGUUCGGCGCCGGCCCGCUCAUCAUGGGAAGCCUGGUGGACCACGCGUGCCUCGUCUGGGAGCAGUCAUGCGGCCACACGGGCGCCUGCUGGGUCUACGACCCCGACAUGCUCAGCUAG